AUGCACGUUUGCUUGUACCAUUCCUUUCUUGCCAUUCCGUUUGCGCCCCUACCCCACACGCUGCCCAACCAUGUGCGCCCCUGCUGCCGGCAAGCAGCCCUGCCCCGCGCGCCCCUGCUGCCGCGCGCCCUGCUGCCCGCGCGCCCCUGCUGUCCGCGCACGCCUGUUGCCCGUGCGCCCCUGCCUUGCGCGCCCUUGAUGCCUGCACGCAGCCCUGCCCCACGCGCCCCUGCCUUGCACACCCCUACUACCUACGUGCCGCCCUACCUGCUGCCCCGCGCGCCUGCUGCCAGCGCACCCCUACCUCACGCGCCCCUGCUGCAUGCGCACAGCCCUGCCUCCGCUGCCCCGCGCAUCACGCGCCCCGCUGCCCUGCGCGCUGCGUGCCCCACAGCCUUGCGCGCGCACCUGCGCUGCUGCCCCGCGUCGCCCCUCGCUUAG